AUGUCCGAAGACUCUCCGAAGCCCAUUAUUGUCUGGUGCCAUCCCCGGUCCUGCUCGACUGCAUUUGAACGUGCGUUUUUGCAGCGCAAAGACACGCACAUCUUCCACGAGCCGCUCGGAGACCCGUUCUACUUUAGCAAGGACCGUGCGUGCAGGCGGUACUCGGACGAGGAGUGCCGCAAGAGCGAGGCGUACGAAAAGUCCAUCGAACAAGUCUCGCUAGGCCUCCUCGAGAGCGCCAACCAACCCAAGGACGAACCCUGCCGCUACAUCUUCAUCAAGGACAUGGCCCAGUACAUCUUUGCCCCUGAGGUCCUGCACGAGCUGCACCCCAGCUCGCGCCUCUUCCCCUCGACGGGCGCGGUGGACAAGGUGAACCCGAAGGAGAACCCGACGGUGCUCCCGACCGCCCUCUUGCAGCGGUUCCAGCACACCUUUCUAAUCCGCACGCCGGCCAAGAGCAUCCCCAGCUACUACAAGUGCACGCAGGAGCAGGCCGCUGGCUUCUCGUUCUUUGACCCCGCAGAAGCGGGGUACGCGGAGCUGAAGCUGCUCUACGACUGGAUCGCCGACCCCACGUCGACCUUCCACACGCCCACCGACGACAAGCGCUACGCGGCGUACGCCGUGCAGAAGCAGGCAAUGCCGCCGCCGCUCGUCGAUGCCUCAACGCUGCUCGAGAACCCCGGCGCAACGCUCGAGCAGUACUGCAAGGCGCUCGGCGUGCCCUUUACCGAGUCCAUGCUCUCGUGGGACCCCGGCGCGGUGGACAUCUGGGCCAAGUGGGGCAGCUACCAUGCCGCCGCAGAAGACUCCUCAGGCUUCCGCAAGACAAAGGAGGGCCCGCCCAAGGACCUGUCGCAGCAGCCGCAGGUCGUGCAGGACUGUAUUACCGCGGUGACGCCGACGUACGAGUACCUGCAUGACAAGAGCACCAUCCGCCUUGGUAGCGCACAAUAG